AAGUGAACUUUUCUAACAGAAGAACGUCAACAAUCAACACAAACACGUUCUAGCCUUAGCCUAGUAUUCUAAUUGAACUUCUCUCUGACACUCUCUACUAUCUAGUCUCUACUGCUGGCCUGAUGGUGACUGACUGACAACUACUUAACAAGCAAAAUCAACUCACAAAGUUCGCGCUCUCGACACAACUCAGUACUUGGUACUCACUGGGUGUAGGUAGGCUUGUCUUUUACAAACUCAUUUUCGGUCUGUGACCUGUGGACCUCAACGCUACACACACCUCGCUUUAUUGAAGAAUGGUGAAUGUGACAAAAGGAGUCCUUGUUGAAUGUGAUCCUGCCAUGAAACAGUUCCUUCUGCAUCUAGAUGAGAAAAACGAAUUUGGGAGAAAAUUUGUUCUACAGGACUUGGACGACACACAUUUGUUUAUAGCAGCUGACAUUAUUGAGACUUUACAAGACAGAAUUGACGAUUUGAUGGAUCAGAUGUCCUUUUCAAUAGCAGAGAAAUAGUGCUAAGACAAGAGGAAAGACAAGCGGAGAACAUUAUGGAUUUGGACGCAGUCAGAAUGCUCUUUAACGGGAAUGAAGACAACAUUUUAUAUUACCAUAAACUGCGAAACAUUCUUUUAGCAUCAGAAAAUGACUGCAGCCCAAGCCCUUGUGAUCCCAGUGAUGAGACCUUUGUGGAGCGGAUAAAGGAGUCACAGUGGCAGCAUUCACCAGUUCUGAAAGCAACCGAGGACAUUUUGUAUUUAGAUGGAGACAUGCAUGGUUAUCAAAGCAAACAAACAGCUCUUGACAGCAGUGAGGUGAAAGAAAAUGACUGUUGCUCUGACUCUAGUCAAGCAGCCUUCAGUGAAAACAUGGAGCAAGAGGAUGCUAGUGCCCUCAUUGAAUUUGAGUGUGGAUAUCAGGGAUGCACAAAGACAUUUUCAUCUCUUUCAGCGUAUGAGUCUCACUACCACAGCUGCCACCACUACACAUGUGCCACAUGCAGGCGUGUGUUUGUAUCCAGUUUCAUGCUUGACAUCCACAUACAGGAGAACCAUGACUCUUAUUUCCAGAUCCUGUGCUCUCGGAUUGACAUGUUCCGGUGUCUGGUAGAAAGCUGUGACCUCAAGUUUAGAACCCCAGAACUCAGGAAAAAGCACCUGAUAGAGGAGCACAGGUUCCCAGCAAAUUUCUACUUUCACAAGCCAGUGUCGGAAAAUCGUUCUAAGGGUGUUCAAGGAGAACAAAUGGACACAACUGGGAAAACUGAAAGCCAGAGUGAACGGGCAGGAUUCUCUAAAGCAAAAAGCAAAACGAGGCAACCAGGAACAGAGAACUCAUCCAAGAAGACAGGAAGAACAGAAAACUCAUCAGAGAAGACAGGAAGAACAGAAAACUCAUCAGAGAAGACAGGGACAGGUGCACCAGCAGGGAUGAUGAUCCCAACCAGUGUUUGUUUUGGCCGUGGCUCUCAAAAGUCUUUUCAACGAAAGCCUUACAGGAAGAAAAGAAUUCAAGUGGAGACAGAAAUGGAGCAACAAUGAGGAUAUACCUGCGGCUACUCAAUGUUUUAUUAAUUAUUUUUGCUUUUUGUCAGGCUGCUGGAUGUAUAAUAUUAUAACUAUCAGCAUUCUGCUCCUUUGAAAAAUAAAGUUCUUUUUAAAAAAAUUA